CUCUUGUAUUUGCUCAUCAGCCGACUCGGAAAGUUGAAGGACUCAGCCGACGAGACGACUCAGUCCUCUGACUCGACUCUGGGUCGCGGUCAGAGCCUGACACUCUCUCCUCUGAUCCCUGCAACCAUCUAGGGUUUCUAUCUCCUCUGUGACUCUGCCAAAAUGAGCCUCUCCGUAGUCCAGGGUUUCACCAAGUCGCUUGCUAUGACCGUGCUUUCAGAAAUCGGCGACAAAACCUUCUUCGCGGCCGCGAUAUUGGCAAUGCGUCACCCAAGGAGACUUGUCUUGUCAGGUUGCUUGGCAGCUUUAAUUGUAAUGACUAUCUUUUCUGUUGUUGUUGGCUGGGCUGCUCCAAACCUGUUGUCUCGGAAAUGGACUCAUCACAUAACCACUUUGUUGUUCUUUGGGUUUGGGCUAUGGUCUUUAUGGGAUGGAUUCAAGGAAGAUGGGGAGGCAGAAGAACUGGCUGAAGUUGAAGCAAAAUUGGAUGCUGAUUGGAAAACUAAUACAAGUUCAGCCAAAGGGGAUAGCAAGGAUGAUGAUGAAUUGAAAAAGCAGAGGCGGCCUAUUCUCAUGCAGUUCUUUUCACCUAUUUUUUUAAAGGCUUUUUCUAUUACUUUCUUUGGUGAAUGGGGUGACAAGAGCCAGCUAGCUACUAUUGGCUUGGCUGCAGAUGAGAACCCAAUUGGUGUGGUUCUUGGUGGAAUCAUAGGACAAGCAUUGUGUACUACUGCUGCUGUCCUUGGUGGAAAGAGCUUGGCAUCUCAGAUAUCUGAGAAAUUUGUUGCCCUCUCAGGCGGAGUUCUUUUCAUUGUGUUUGGGCUCCAAUCCCUUCUUUCAACAGUUGCAUCAUGAUGUCCUUAAUCAUGCUGAAGGGUGUGGAAGUUGGUUCGGUGAAUUGAAGAGCAAGCACAACUUGAAAUUCUGAGAGUGUCUUUCAUUUACCAAGUGCAAGUGAUUCUAAUAUCCUAAAGGGCAAUGCUUUGAUCAGAAAAGAACUGAUACAAUGAACCAUAAAAUGUGUUGCAACUUCCAAGAUCACAGCUAUACUGUAUUAUUGCCAUCUUAUGCUUGGCUGUUAAUUUAUUGCUUUUGCCUCUCUAUUAAUGUUGGUGUAUGGAAAAAUCUUUGUUGGAUCUUGUUAUUUCUGAUGUGGAUUAGGUUUAAAACAUCAUUAUAGAAGCUGAUUUCACCAUUUUGAUUA